UCCGUGACUCCUGACACCGGAACAACAACGCGGCGGUGUCAUGGCGCCGUGCAUGAUGUCAGAGCUCCGUAACAAACAGCUCUAGCGUCUAUCCAACAGUCCGGGAUGAAUUUCAGGCCGUGAAUUAUCACCCACGAAGGAUUUUCCGAGGACCAACCAAAGCAGGAUGGCAGACUCAGGGGACCAGAGCGGCCAGCGGGCUCCAGGCCCUGGAGGCAGCGGCAGCACAGGACCACUGGGUCGUCGACUGCCAGCAGGCAUCUCUGCUGGCCGCCUCCCCUCGAUGCGAUCCAGAGACCUGACCCUAGGAGGAGUAAAGAAGAAAACCUUUACCCCCAACAUCAUUGGCCGAAAACUUAAAGAAGAACCGAAGGGCGAAGGCGUGCCGAGGCGCGAGCGGAGGGAUGCAGAUCGAGGUCGGGGCCCGCGACAACGGGGCCGGGGCCGGGGCCAUCCCGAGGUCAUCCAGUCUCACUCCAUCUUUGAGCAGGGCCCUGCAGAGAGUAUGGUGAAGAGAAAAGGAGGCUACGAGAGCGAAAGAGACGCUCCGAGCAUGGGACCCUCGCCCAUCAUCAACAUUAAGAAGGAGAAGCGGGAGACGGAGGAGGAAACCAAGGAGAUUCUGCGCAAACUGGAGCGAGACAAUUUCAUAGACGACCCUUUCCUGAGGAGCGACCAGAGGAGCUGCCCCGUCCAGCUCCCCCUGGCUGUGUCGGGGUGGGGAUUCACGGAGGAGUUCAACAGUGCCGCCGUUAAAAUAGAAAAGACAGACCCAGACGAGGCCAUGGAGUCUUCGGUUCAAGUGAAACAAGAGCCAGAGGAAGUGGAGAUCAAAAAGGCUGAAGCCACUUUCAGACCUCCUCCGCUCCCUGAGCCCGAAGUUCUCCCCGAGCUGCUGCACAGGUGGAGCCUGAGCAAAGGGGAGGAGCUGCUGUUCGUCCAGCUGCCCGACUCUCUGCCCGGCCAGCCCCCCACCAGGGAGCAAAAGCUGAUAAAAACCGAGGUGCAGUCGGAGGACGGGCAGUCGGUGCUCCUGAAGACGGAGUCACAGGAGGAGGAAGCCGAAGAGAGCAGCUGCAACCUGAAGGACCUGAGGGAGGGCGUCGUUGGGAAGAUGCUGGUACGGAAGUCUGGCCGUGUGCAGCUCAUUCUGGGACAGGUGACCCUGGAUGUGUCCCUGGGAACAUCGUGCUCUUUCCUUCAGGAACUGGUCUCUGUUCAAGCGGCAGAAAAGACAGGAAACCUGACAGUAUUAGGGAAUGUCAGACACAAAAUGGUCUGCUCCCCAGACUUCGAGGCUCUGCUGGAGAACAGGACAUGAUGCUCGCUCUGGCAGAGGAGCUCCGCGCUACCUCUGGCACAUUAGAUGCACCUGUAUUUAAAUUAAAAAAACAGUGUCUAAAUAAAGUAUUCUGCCGACUGAUUGCCUUUGUUUUUUUCAGAGUUGCUAUUGAUAUACACUAUGAAUAUUUUAGUUUUAUGUUUUUUUUCCCAGAUUAAAUAUGAUGGUUGGUGACCAUCAUAUUCCAUGAUAUGGUCACCAACCUUAGUAAACCACCAAGGCUUGCUAAGUUUUGUUGCUGUUUCUGUAAAAUUACUUGACAAAGAUGUACAUGGAUGUAAAUGUGUGAAUAAAAAAACCCCUGAGUAUU